UGUGUGAGGUAUCUGAUAGGUUGUAUUUCUUCUUCUUUAUACACAGCCUAACAUUCAAACGUCAUAAUCCCGAUAUAUAAAUUUAGGCUGCCGGGUAGGUGAGGUAUGUAGCAUUGAUGUAAUAUACCUCGCUGGGAUAUUUUACCCUAAGCCCUAAUCAAAGCGUCCAUUGUGAAUUGUAGUCGUUGACAGGUGAAGCCGAUUUCUACCACAGACAGUUUAUAUACAUCUGACCCUACCCGACGUGGACUGAAGAGUUGUAUAUGGGAGGGAGACAGUCUUUCCCCGUUGUUACCCUCCCACGGGAGCGGGUUGUCAUCGUUACGGGAGGAAAUCAAGGUAUUGGGUACCAGACUGCCAAACGGAUUGCCAUGAUGGGAGCGACUGUGAUUCUCGCCUGCCGAUCCGAAUUUAAAGCUACAAAGGCUAUCGAGGAUAUGAAUCGAGAGUUCCAAGAAGAAAAAAGGAAAGGGACAUCUGGUCUUGCUCCCUACGAUCAACUGAGUGUCGACUUUAUGAAGUUGGAUUGUACAUCAUUGAAAUCAGUGCGAGAAUUUACGGACGAAUUCAAAGCAUCUGGAAGAAAGCUCCAUGUAUUGCUAUGUAAUGCAGGAAUCAACACUGUUAAAAAGACUAUAACAGAGGACGGAAAUGAACUACUUUUUCAGGUCAACUACCUCAGUCACUUCCUAAUAGCUGCGAGUCUACUUCCUGUAAUGAAAAUGUCGGGACCAGAUUGCCGGAUUGUGCUCCUGUCAAGUUUGUGGUACAAGUCUGGAAAAUUUGAGGUGAAGACAAUUAAUGCAGAAAAGGAAACUCCGGCUACGUACGACAGCGAUCAUUAUUACCAGAAAAGUAAAUUAUAUAUGAUAAUGAUGAUGUACAAGAUGAACAGAGUAUUGCACCACACUAACGUAACAGUCACGUGUGUGCAUCCGGGUAUCGUACGAACUAACAUGAUGGAGGAGUUCCAGGAGCAGGCCACGUGCUUUUACAGGGGAGCAAUAAGUUGUAUCAAUUGCCUAGGAUUGUCCAAAUCUGCAGAACAGGGGGCCUUUACAUCCAUUAAUGCAGUAGUAAACCCAAACCUGACUGGAAUUCGAGAUGUGUAUUUCAACAAUUCCAAACCAGAGGCAAUCAAAUCUCAUGCCAGGGUGACGGAGGACCAAGAAACGUUAUGGCAGUUCUCUCUCGAAAGAGUGAAACACCACCUACCAGAGGAUAUUCUGGAAGAUCUAAGAACAAAAUAAUUUUCAGCAACUUAAAUAAUUGUUUUUGAAAUUAAUUUCAUCCAAAAGUAUUCAUAAUUGCAAUAUUUACCUCUACUUAAAGUAAAUGUGUUCAUGGGAUAGUUUUACCCUACUCAUUAUUCAUCAUCAGAUCAAGCAUUAUCGUUUAGUAAAAGGACACCCUUCACGACAAUGAAAAAAGCACUGCCUCCUAAAAAGGCGAUAUCAGUAGAGGUGCCUUCAAAUAUCAAUCAUAGUAUAUGGAGCAUUAUCGAGUGUCAUGUCAAGUAGAUUAUUGUAGAUAUAAACAUUUGUUUCGAGACUCGGUCAUGCCCCCUACUUGGUCAGUGAUACAAACGUCUUGUUUCAUUUGUCGUGACUCAUAUUGACGGGUGCUGUGUGAUAAAUGGGUCUGUGAUGGGUUUUCCCUGCAUGGCGUAGUAUUUAUAUUUUGUUAUAAUGUUGUGAUUUAAAGUAAGUCGAGAAAGUGUGUUUAAUUUUGUUUUGUUUUUAGGUCAUCUGACCCGAAGGGUCAGGAUGACCCAUAGUCAUCAUGCUUCGUCCGUCGU